GGCAGCCCUGUGCUUCCAAGCAGGGCGCAGACGCCUUUCACAACUGCUCCAGCGCGCUCAACUUUGGCAAACUCCCACAACUCCAUUUUUGGGCUAGGAAUUUCAAUUUCAAACCAAAUAAGAAGGCACCUCAUCACCGAGGAACAUUUGGACCAUUUGGAUUUAAAUUUUGAAAGGACUUUGGAACAAGAGGUGUCACCUCCUCAGAACGCUUUUGUCCCAGUGUGGUCUUCUGCGGUGCCGCCCCACCUCCAGCACCAUCUCACCACAUAGUGGCCACAGCGCCAUGGUAACUCUCAGCAAGGCCUACUCCGCCAUGAGCAGCAGCCACUUGGACUCUCCCGGCAUGCGGCUGCCUCAGCGCUACAAGACGUUCACGUCCAAGGCUCAGUACCAGAUGGUGCUGGCCACCCUGCGCAAGCUGCAGGAGAGCGGCUUCUACUGGGGCGCCAUCACGGGCAAGAACGCCAACAGCCUGCUGUGCGCCGAGAAGGCCGGCACCUUCCUGGUACGCGACAGCUCCGACAACCGCCACCUCUUCACGCUCAGCGUCAAAACGACGGCGGGCACCAAGAACCUGCGGGUCCAGUGCGACGCCGCCUCCUUCUACCUGCAGACGGACCCCAAGAACAUCCCCGCCGUGCCCCACUUUGACUGCAUCCUCAAGCUGGUGCAUUACUACAUGCCCCAGAGCAGAGGGAACGGACGCAACGUGGACUAUAUUUACUCCGGCGGCGAGAAGGUGCCGCUGGAGUUGGUCACACCGCUGGCGUGUUGCCCGUCCACCUUGCAGCACUUAUGCAGGAAGACGGUGAACGGACAUUUGGACAUUUCCUCCGCAAGGGACCAGCUGCCACAUCCUCUGAGGCAAUACAUGCAGGAUUAUGACUCUCCCAUUUAGAAGCUCAUUCCAAGUCUGAGGGGACCCACAAGGGAGGGAAGGACAGCCAGCCAGCCAGGAGUGAAGUUCCCGGCGAAGAUGACGCACAGUUUCCCUCCGCUAAUGAUGCUGCUAACAAUGUUCUGUGAGGCCUCGAUGAACGCGUUGGCGUCCGUCCAUCCGUCCAACGGCAGUCCCCGGGAUGGCCGUCCCAGAGCGUAUUCUAGGAGUUUGUUCGACAAGAGCGGUCGCACCUUUACAAGGGCUGAACUUUGGACUGAAUCCUCCGUGACGGGAGAUUCACAUGGUCAUAUUUUGUAUUUUUUGAAACUUUUGGCACUGACAGGAACGCCACUCGCUCGCCAAUGAAUGUAUUUAAACGAGACGAAACAAGGUUGUCUUAAUCCACUGUCUUUUUUUUUUUUUUUUACAACUCCAUGUUUACAUUGAAGACAAAAUCUUUUAUAAAGAUGUACUUAAGAUGCUUGAAGGUUGUCUGGUCGACACAACGAUUUGCACUUAUUUAUAUGUGGACAGACAUUUCAGUAAUUUAUAAUAAAGAAUGUUAUUUUUUUACU